CUUAACUUUCACAUAUUUCAUUUAACAUCAACAGAGAUGUGAUGUAUGUAAAAGCUCAAUUACUGUUUGUCUACUUUAGGAAUGGACGUUUAUUCCCAAACAAGUCCGUCCUCUUCAGAGCAUUUGGCAUUAGGAGGACGGGCUGUACAGUCAUCCACAGGAUACGGUUGGGUAGCAGCAAAUGCCAUUGACACUUCACUCCAAACCUGCACCCAUUCGGGCAAAUGCAAUAACCCCUGGUGGAGAGUGGAUCUUCUGGAUUCUUACAACAUCUCUCGAGUCGUCAUCACUAACAGAGCAGACUGCUGUGUGGGUCGACUCAAAGGAGCAGAAAUUCAUGUCGGAAACUCUCUGGAAAACAAUGGCAACAAUAAUUCCAGAUGUGCUGUGCUGAAUGAUAUUCCACUGGGUCAGUCUCUGUCCGUGUCCUGUCACAAUAUGGAGGGACGAUAUGUGAAUCUCAUUAUACCUGGAAAUUCAAAAGUCCUCUCUGUCUGUAAAGUGGAGGUGUAUAUUAACGUCUUGAAAAAAACCUUUGUGAAGAUGACAUUUCUGUCCAGUGUCAAUAUGACUGAUCCAGCUGUCAAUAACACAAUUCUUGAUCAGCUAAAUACCGCUUUGACUUCUAAAGGAAUCUCAAAUUUCACACUGAGCUGGACAAAACUCCCUCAGAAAGUCGAACAGGAGAUUAAACUGGAUGACGAUGAUGAUGAUGAGUCCAUGUGUGAACAUGAUUAUCCUGAAUAA